AUGCUGGGACAUAUUUUGCAAGACGUCGAUUCCAAAUUGCUGUUUCAUCGUCAGGCAACGUUAUUAACGGUUAUCGAGAUAUUUUCGUUAAUAAUUGCAGAGGCGGCGGAAUUGGGGGAAGAGGGAUAUAGCCCCAGACGUAAAAGUGGGGGUGCGGGCCAAGCCGUUAAAGUUUUCCAUGGGGGGAAAGGCGGGGCUAAAAAUAGAUUAAGUCGUAUUUGUCUUGGUUACAAAGCGUGAGGUUUUUCAAUCGCCAGUCCCCACCAUGUCAUACAAACUGAUUAAAACCAAUUAUGAAGCAACUUUGCAGAAUUCCGGUUGUUCAAUUUCUUCAAUUCGGUGUCAGAAAGUGCAGGAGAAAUGCGAGCCUUGAUUUUUCAAAUCUGUCCGAAGGAGCUUGUACUCGGACUCCCCUAGUUUUCAGUCCACCUAACUUUAUUUUUCAUGAAGUUACGCUACUGCUGUGAGAAUUCAAUCAUGUUUUGUCUGUCGUGCUUGUUCUUAACUGAAAACUACGGUACCCAACUUGGCUGAAAUUAGCCCCCAAAAUAAAACCCGUUCCGCCGCCAUGGCAUCCAAGAACUUCCCGCUAACUUCAACUAAGACGUUGGACAUAACGUCAUCAAAGUUUACUUCAAUUUUUGAGAAUCUUCUUAUAUUGUAAGAAAUGAACGCAAUUUGAAUAAAUCUUCAACAUGCUACGGAACUAGCAAAAAUUACAGCUACCUUUAAUAGAUUGCUAAGAAACCACAACAUUGCAUAUUACUUGUAAGGACGGACCAUUAGAAAAGUGAGGGGGGGGGGAGUGGUAAUUUUUUUUAUGUUUGCAUUUUUUUCCAGGUUGUCAGCUGUGUAUGCAUGUUUUUUUUAAAUAUGUCUUCUCGCAUGCAAUUUUUUUCCAAUACAACUAUACAAAUGUUAACGAAACUGUUCUCUUGACAAAAAAUAUCCCUUUAAUACACACUGCAAAAUAAUACCUUUAAAAAUAUUUUAGGCUAAACCAGAUAUCAUUACUUAUAAAUAGCAUUUUAAUAUAAGAAAUCGUUAUUGACAUAGACACAAUGCGAAAGUGAAAGAAGCAGUAGCAUAUAUCACAGAAAUUGCUUGCAAUUAUGAGGCUUUAGUGAAACAAUCUAAGGAGAAGUAUGGAAGCAGUAUG